UUUUUAAAAAAAUAGCCCAUAUACCAUCUCUCAGAUACUAUUUCCUCUCCUGCUCUCUCCUUCCCUUCACAACUAAAUUUGAAGCAAUGGCAGUCAUGAAUUCUAGUGUAUUGGCCUGCAACUAUGCGAUCUCAAGCACAGCAUCAUCGGACGUGAACUGGAAGCUCACAUCGAUGCCAUCGGUUGCGUCUUCGGUUAAUUCGAGUCCUAAAUUGCCAGUGAUCAAGGCUCAACAAGCUAAGGUUUCUGACUACUCUAAGGAGACAAUUAGAGCAAGUGAGGGAAGAAGAGGUGCACUUGUUUGCUUGGCUGCCGCUCUUUUCGCCGGUGUCGCCUCCAGCUCAACAGCCAAUGCCGGAAUCAUUGAAGAGUACCUUGAGAAGAGCAAAGCUAAUAAGGCACUGAAUGACAAGAAGAGGUUGGCUACCAGUGGAGCUAACUUCGCACGUGCAUACACAGUUGAGUUUGGUUCAUGUAAAUUCCCAGAGAACUUCACCGGCUGUCAAGAUCUUGCUAAGCAAAAGAAAGUACCAUUCAUUUCAGAAGAUUUAGAGUUGGAAUGUGCAGGGAAGGAUAAGUACAAGUGUGGUUCUAAUGUUUUUUGGAAAUGGUAAACAAACAAUCUGUGUAAUCCCCCCCCCCCCCUAUCUUGUAUUUUGUUACUGUCACAGUGUCACUAAAUUUUCCAUUGAAGCACUCUUAGAUCAAAUUGUUUUGUAGCCUUCAGUACUAUUCACAAUGUUCCAAUUCAAUCUUGUCUUUUUGCUGUA